AUGAAUACAACUGACAAACGCCUCCAUGCGCGGGGCAAUCACGCCUCGGUGUUAGAACUCAUCGGUCAGACACCCCUUGUCCGACUCCAAAAGAUCCCACAAUCUCUCGGUAUCGAAGCGACGAUAUACGCGAAAUGCGAAUUCUUCAAUGCAGGCGGAAGUGUCAAAGACCGCAUUGCCCUUCGGAUGAUCGAGGAGGCAGAGAAGUCGGGUCGAAUAAAGCCCGGGGACACCCUGAUAGAGCCAACCAGUGGGAAUACUGGUAUAGGACUGGCCCUGGUUGCUGCCGUCAAAGGCUACAAGACCAUCAUCACCCUACCAGAGAAGAUGUCUCAGGAGAAGGUUGCAGUCCUGAAGGCAUUGAACGCAACCAUCAUCCGAACCCCUACACAAGCAGCAUUCGACAGCCCCGAAUCACAUAUCGGCGUCGCAAGGAGACUGGAGAAAGAAAUACCCAACGCACAUAUCCUUGACCAAUACGGCAAUCCAGAUAAUCCACUUGCCCACGAGCUGGGCACCGCCGAAGAGAUCUGGGACCAGACCGACGGGACGAUAACUGCACUCGUAGCAGGCGCCGGGACUGGGGGCACCAUCACAGGUCUGGCCCGCGGCUUGCACAAGCACAACAAGAACAUCAAGAUCAUUGCGGCAGACCCACAAGGUUCGAUCCUUGCUCUGCCCACCCAAUUGAACGAAGAAUAUGCGAAUCAGCCAUACAAAGUCGAGGGCAUCGGCUACGACUUCAUACCAGACGUGCUAGACCAGGAAGUCGUGGACAAAUGGUACAAGACUAACGACAGCGACUCUUUUCAUUAUUCUCGACGCUUGAUCGCAGAGGAAGGUCUACUGGUGGGCGGAAGCAGCGGCUCGGCGCUCGCAGCCACCGUUGCGGCGGCCAGGGACCUCAAACUCGGCAAGGACGACGUUAUCGUGACUAUUCUACCGGACAGUAUUCGAUCUUAUUUGACCAAAUUCGUCGACGACGACUGGCUUGCCGCAAAUAACCUUCUGCCUCCAACACCCCCGCCUGAGCCAACAUCUCCCCAAGAGUCGAAAAAGGAGAGCACCAAGCAAAAGGAUCGCUUUCACGGCGCCCGGGUCAGCGAUCUGCGUCUGAAACCCGUACAGACCGUCACGGCGGACUCGCCGGCGUCCGCCGCUAUCGAAGUCAUGCGCGAGAAAGGCUUUGACCAACUCCCCGUUCUUGCCCCCACGGGCCGCCGCCUGGUGGGUCUUGUCACGCUGGGUAACCUCCUGUCUCGCAUCAGCCAUAGUCGCGCGACUGGCGAAUCUCCAGUAUCGGACGUCAUGUUCGACUUCAGCAAAAUCAGCGAGGUUACUGUCGAUCCACAUGAUUUCAGCGACUUGAAGGGCACUGACUCCACGCUUUCGGGCGAACUGAGCGAGGACACGGAGGGCCAGGAGGACAAAUCCCGUCAUAAGAGAAAGAAUUUUGUUGAGAUCACGAAGGACACUCCCCUAAGCGCACUGAACAGAUUUUUCGAGUGGCAAAGUGCCGCCAUCGUUACGGAGCGGGACCAGGGCGAGGGUUCUGGUAAUGGGAAAGCGAGUGGGCUGAAGCCAAUUGCUGUUGUUACCAAGGUUGACCUAUUGACUUGGAUGUUGAGCAAGCAAUGA